CCGUGGACUCUGCAAACGGGGCAGGGCUACCAAGGCAGAGGCCACACGUCCACUGCAAAGCAAUUAAACACCAUCCCUGCACGGGGAUUUGUUUCUGUGCAUGCUCGGACGAAGCCUGCUUUUGCAAAAAAAAAGGAUCGUAGGAAUAUCACAACAACAGCGACGGCGUAACGCAAAGAGUAGUGAUACGAAUUAAUAGUUACGGUGGAGGAGGAGGAGGCGGUCCAGGAAUGGCGCACGCCGCCUCGAAGCUGAAGAAGGCUCGUGACCAGAUCCAGGAGGUGUCGGUGCCGACACCGAAGGACAAAGAGAAGGAGCAGGCGGACAGGGAGAGGGAGGAGAAGGAGCAGAGGAGGGAGCAGAGGAGGCUGUCGCGAGAGAAGACUGAGCGGAGGCGUAAGGCGGACAGCAGCGCGAGCUUCCUUCGCGCCGCGAGGGCUGGGAAUCUGGACAAGGUCCUCGACUGUCUGAACAAUGGCAUCGACAUCAACACCAGCAACCAGAACGGUCUCAAUGCGCUGCACCUGGCAUCUAAGGAAGGCCACGUGGGCGUGGUCAAGGAGCUGCUGUCCCGAGGGGCUAGCGUCGACGCAGCUACCAAGAAGGGCAACACGGCGCUGCAUAUCGCGUCGCUCGCGGGGCAGGCCAGCACCGUGGCUAUCCUCGUGCUGCACAGCGCCGACGUGAAUGCGCAGUCGCAGAAUGGUUUCACUCCGCUGUACAUGGCGGCGCAAGAGAAUCACUUGGACGUCGUCAAAUAUCUGCUGGAGAACACAGCCAACCAGGGCAUCGCCACCGAGGAUGGCUUCACGCCGCUGGCCGUGGCGCUGCAGCAAGGCCACGACCAGGUGGUGGCCGUGCUGCUUGAGAAUGACACCAAGGGCAAGGUGCGGCUGCCGGCGCUGCACAUUGCCGCGCGCAAGGAUGACACCAAGGCGGCCGCGCUGCUGCUGCACAACGACCACAACGCAGACGUGCAGUCCAAGAUGAUGGUGAACAGAACUACGGAGAGCGGAUUCACGCCCCUUCACAUCGCCGCGCACUACGGGAACAUCAACGUGGCCACGCUGCUGCUGAAUCGCGGAGCCGCCGUCAACUUCGCUGCCAACAACGGAAUCACCCCUCUGCACGUGUCGUCCAAGAGAGGCAACGGGAACGUGGUUCGCCUGCUUCUCGAGCAUGGAGCGAACAUCGACGGCAAGACCCGGGACGGACUGACCCCGCUGCAUUGCGCGGCCCGGAGCGGCCACGAGCAGGUGGUGGAGAUUCUGCUGGAGCAGGGCGCCCCGAUACUCGCCAAGACCAAGAACGGGCUCUCCCCGCUGCACAUGGCGACGCAGGGCGACCACGUGGAGUGCGUGCAGGUGCUCAUGCAGUACCGCGCCCCCGUCGACGACAUCACCCUGGACUACCUGACGGCGCUGCACGUGGCGGCGCACUGCGGCCACUACCGCACCGCCAAGGUGCUCCUGGACAAGGGCGCCAACCCCAACGUCCGAGCGCUGAACGGCUUCACGCCGCUGCACAUCGCCUGCAAGAAGAACCGGAUUCGCGUCAUGGAGCUUCUGCUCAAAUACGGGGCGUCCAUCGAGGCCGUGACCGAGUCCGGGUUGACGCCCAUGCACGUGUCUGCCUUCAUGGGAAACCUCAACAUCGUGCUGAUUCUUCUGCAAGGGGGGGCCUCUCCCAACGCCACCAACGUGCGCGGGGAGACUGCUCUGCACAUGGCCGCGCGCGCCGGGCAGACGGAGGUUGUGCGCAGCCUCCUUCGGAACGGCGCUCAAGUGGACGCCAAGGCCAGGGAGGAGCAGACGCCGCUGCACAUCGCGGCACGGCUGGGGAAACUGGAGAUCGUGCAGCUGCUGCUGCAGCACAUGGCCUCGCCCGACGCGGCCACCUCCAACGGGUACACGCCACUGCACGUGGCGGCACGCGAGGGCCACGAGGACGUCACCGCCAUCCUGCUGGAGCACGGCGCCUCGCUCGCCGUCACCACCAAGAAGGGAUUCACACCGCUCCAUGUCGCAUCCAAGUACGGCAAGAUGGAGGUGGCCAGCCUCCUGCUGCAGCGUUUCGCUUCCCCGGACGCUGCCGGAAAGAAUGGGCUGACACCACUGCACGUGGCUUCACACUAUGACAAUCAGAAAGUGGCUCUUCUACUGCUGGACCAGGGGGCUUCUCCCCACGCAACAGCCAAGAACGGCUACACGCCGCUGCACAUCGCCGCCAAGAAGGACCAGCUGGAGAUCGCGACGACGCUGCUGGAGUACGGUGCCGAGACCAACGCCAUCACGCGGCAGGGAGUGGCGCCGCUGCACCUGGGGGCCCAGGAGGGCCACGCCGAUAUCGCGUCGCUGCUGCUGGCGCGGUACGCCGACGUCAACCAUGCCACCAAGAGUGGCCUCUCUCCCCUGCACCUCGCAGCUCAGGAGGACAAAGUGAAUGUGGCUGAGAUCCUGGUGAAACACGGGGCCCACGUCAACGCCACCACCAAGUUGUGCUACACGCCCCUGAUCGUGGCCUGCCACUAUGGAAACAUCAAAAUGGUGAAUUUCCUGCUUCAGCACGGCGCAGAUGUGAACAGCAAGACCAAGAAUGGAUACACCCCACUGCACCAAGCUGCACAGCAGGGACACACGCACAUCGUAAAUCUGCUGCUCAAGUGUGGUGCGCGCCCCAAUGACGUCACCGUGAACGGGAACACAGCCCUGGCCAUCGCCCGUCGCCUGGGCUACAUCUCGGUGGUGGACACCCUCAAAGUCGUGACAGAGGAGACCAUCACCUCCACAACUACAAUCACAGAGAAACACAAACUGAACGUGCCAGAGACGAUGACAGAAGUCCUGGAGGUGUCCGACGAUGAAGAGCGUAAAAUCUCUGUGCCAGAGAGGGUCAGUGAUGGGGAGUAUAUUUCAGAGCCGGAAGAAGGUGAGGACACGAUGACGGGCGAUGGCAUGGAGUACCUGAGGGCCGAGGACUUGCGCGAGCUGGGAGACGAUUCCCUGCCUUCGAGCCACUUCUUGGAGGGCAGCACGGGCUACAGCAUGGGCUUCGGCAACUGGCCCACACGCUCCGGAAGCCUCCGCUCGUUCAGUUCCGACAGGUCGUACUCGCUCGGACGGGGCCCCUACUCGCGCGAGGCCACGCUCAUCGAAGAGUUCACCGCAGCCGCCACCAUCACCCAGCUGGCCGCACCCAAGGAGGAGGAGGAGGAGGAAAAAGGCGUGGGAGGGAUGCCCACCAGUUGGGCACCCAUCGAAAUCCUGGACAACGUGGCGCUGUCGUCCAGCCCCAUCCACUCCGGCUUCUUGGUGAGCUUCAUGGUGGACGCGCGAGGAGGGUCGAUGCGCGGCUGCCGCCACCACGGCCUUCGCAUCGUCAUCCCGCCGCGCAAGUGCAUGGCUCCCACGCGCGUCACCUGCCGUCUCGUCAAGCGCCACCGGCUGGCCGCGCUGCCGCCCGUGCUGGAGGGCGAGGGCCUGGCGAGCCGCGUGGUCGAGGUCGGCCCGUCUGGAGGGCAGUUCCUCGGUAAACUGCACUUGCCUAACACCCCUCCCCCGCUCAAUGACGGGGAGAGCCUCGUUAGUCGAAUCCUGCAACUGGGCCCACCCGGCACCACCUUUCUCGGACCGGUGAUCGUGGAGAUCCCUCACUUUGCAUCGCUGCGUGGGAAGGAGCGCGAGCUGGUGGUGCUGCGCAGCGAGAACGGAGAGACGUGGCGCGAGCACCAGUCAGAGUGCUCCGAGGAGGAGCUCAACCAGAUCAUCAACGGCAUGGACGAGGAGCUGGACACGGCCGACGAGCUGGAGCGCAAGCGCAUCUGCCGCAUCGUGACGCGCGACUUCCCGCAGUACUUUGCGGUGGUGUCGCGCGUGCGUCAGGAGAGUAGCCUCGUGGGGCCCGAGGGCGGCGUCCUGAGCAGCACCAUCACGCCCCAGGUGCAGGCCGUCUUCCCCGAGGGCUCCCUCACCAAGCGCAUCAAGGUCGGCCUGCAGUCGCAGCCGAUCCCCGAGGCGCUGGUCCAGAAGGUGCUGGGGAACAAGGCGACGUUCAGCCCCAUCGUGACGCUGGAGCCGCGCCGACGCAAGUUCCACAAGCCCAUCACCAUGACGAUCCCCGUGCCACGCUCCGCCGGCGACGGCUUGGGCACCGCGGGAGGAGAGAUGCCCACGCUGCGCCUCUUGUGCAGCAUCACAGGUGGCACGGCGCCCGCGCAGUGGGAAGACAUCACAGGGACCACGCCGCUCACCUUCACCAAGCAGUGCGUCUCCUUCACCACCAACGUUUCUGCCAGGUUCUGGCUCAUCGACUGCCGGCAGACGCACGAGGCGGUGAACUUCACGACGCAGAUGUACCGCGAGCUCGUGUGCGUGCCGUACAUGGCCAAGUUUGUGGUGUUCGCCAAGACGCACGACCCUGUGGAGGCGCGGCUGCGCUGCUUCUGCAUGACGGACGACAAAGUGGACAAGACUCUGGAGCAACAGGAGAACUUCAGCGAGAUGGCGCGCAGCCGCGAUGUCGAGGUGCUGGAGGGUAAACCCAUCUACGUGGAGUGCUUCGGCAACCUGGUCCCUCUCACCAAGGCCGGGCAGCAGCACGCCCUCUCCUUCUACGCAUUCCGCGAGAACAGGCUGCCCUUCAUGGUCAAGGUACGAGACAGCAACCAGGAGGCUUGCGGACGCCUCUGCUUCAUGAAGGACGCCAAGACGGCACGGGGCCUCCCGCAGGCGGCCGUGUGCAACCUCAACAUCACGCUGCCACCGUACAAGAAGGAAACUGACUCGGACCCAGAGCCAGAGGAAGAGGCGGACGUGGAAAGCGAGAAGCCGCAGCAGCAACAACAGACGUACUCCACGCUGGGUGUCCAGAUGCGCAAGCGUCCGCGCGACGGUACAGCUGGGGCGCCAGGAGGAGAAAGGGAGGUAAAGUCUCCACAGAGGCACGCUCUCCUCCUCGAAGUGGCCGAGAUGAAGGAAGACCUCCUCAAGGUCACGGCCCUCCUCGGCACUGACUCGGACACCCUCGGCAAGGUGACCUCCUCCAGGCUGCACCACCAAGGAAGGGUGCGGGGCCUCCACGAUGAGGAGGAGCCCAUGGAGCUGGUGGGGAUGGUCAAGGAGGACCUGGAGCGGGUCAGCGUCAUCCUUCAGCGGGGCCACGACGGAGUGCAUGCAAACAAGCGGGCGGCCGUGGCGUUGGCGCGCGAGGAGGAGGAGAAGGAAGACGAAGAAGACUGGUCCGUCAUCGACGAAGAAGAGGUCGAGGAGGCCGCGAGGGGCGUGGCUCUGGACGAGGAAGAUGUUUGGGAGGAAGAGGAGGUCGUGCUGCAAACGGUGCGCCCCGUGGAGACAUUCGCCGCUCGUGCGAAGGAUGAUGCCGGCAUCGUGGAGCUGCUCGCAUGGGAUACGGAAGCGGUGCAAGAGCAGAGCCAGAAACGUGAAGAGGAGAAGGGGGACGAGAUUCAGGGCCGCGAAAUCGUUAGCGAGGACAUCGUGCAGGUGUUCGUCGCCCGGGAGUCUGCGACCGAAGUAUUAUCAGAUACGGAUUACGAUGAGGUCGACGUGCCAGUGGAAAAAACGGCAGGCGGAGAUUCUCAGCCAGCCAAGAGAACGAGUUCUUCAGAAAUGGAGGCACCACAAAGAAACGACAUGCCGAUUGUGACCCCCCCAAUCCCUCCUGUCAGAGUACGAACCCUUUCGAAAACAAUCAAACAAUCGACCCAGGAGCUGAGCUACUUACAUCAACCUGAGGAGCAAGUAUCAGCAGAGGCAUCAUCUCAACCGCAGCAGUCCAUCUCGUUUUUGUCGACUGCAGAUUCAGAGCCAGCGCCCAAGUCUCCAGGUGUGGAGGAAACUCCAAUCGGAUCCAUCAAAGAUCGGGUCAGGGCGAUCCAGAUGAAGGUGGAGGCGGAGAAGGGGCAACAACACAAACGUGCAUCCAUCACCAAAGAGGUGCACACGUUCGAGGAACACGGAACGGCCAAAACGACCGUGACCUCCACGACAGUGAACAAGGUGACGAAAAUCGUGAUGCUCGAAGACAAAGGCAGGGAGAGUUCAGAGAGCCUGGAGGAGACAAUGUCAGUAAAAGACCUGAUGAGAGCAUUCCAGUCUGGCAAAGAUCCUUCAAAAGUCGCCAUGGGACUCUUUGAGUUCAAAUCUGUGUCCGGCGAGGAAAAAGGCAAGCAGGCGAUGACAAAGGUCGAGACAGAGUCAAACACGGGCAGCUGGGAAGCAUCGACCGAACUGAAACACGAUGACAUCGAGCACGAGCGUGAACACCGCGAGGUGCUCGCGAAAGAGGACGGUGAACCAGACGUAGAAGCCCCCACUAUCAUCUCAGAAGCAACCACAGAUGAUGCAACUAAAGCCACCACGAGCUUCACAGAAGAAGAGGCAGACAGCGCUGACAUCGACAACUUUAGCGAAGUCAGCAUCAUCGCUCAGUGCUCCCAGGUCAUCAUCAACGAAGCUCGCGAUGCUUUACCCGAGAAGCUGGGGAAGCAGACGAUCGAGGAGGGGUCCGACGUCACCGAGUCCGGGUUCAAGGAGCCGGGGAGCAGCCUGUCGGCAAACGUGGUCUCGGAUGACCGGCGCUUCUCGGACUGCCAGAUCAGCCCCGACCGGCGGACAUCGACGGAUUUCUCAGAGGACCUGCGCAAUGAACUGGAGGAGAGCGACCGCUACCAGCAGUACAAGAAGAGCACAGACCGACAGACGCUGAGCGAGUUCCACUUUGACGACAUGAUAUCCAGCCCGUUCCCAACCGAGCGGGAGCGGGAGCGGGAGCGGGAGCAGGAGCGGGAGCAGGAGCGGGAGCAGGAGCGGGAGCAGGAGCGGGAGCAGGAGCGGGAGAGCGCCACUCAACAGGAGGCAGACACACCGGAAGAGCCGUCCCAAAAAGAAGUUGUCGUGCCGGCACUUGAAAAUGGCAGCUCCGACAGCCAAAAGCAUGAGGGGAUCGCAGAAUUGUCGAGCGUCAGCCUGGGAGAUGGAACGUCGCACAUCAGCUCCGAGGAAAGCCUCAAGCAUGAGGGGCUGGCUGAGACCCUGGAGACGAGUCCCGAGGAUGCCAGCCUCUCCACAUCCCCGCAGAAAGGCACCCAAAAGGACACGGAGGUGUCCGUGGGACAAACCGUCGUCGACUCAAAGACAUCUUCCAAGACCAUCGUGAAGUCAACCCACAUCUCGCACGACGCUUUUGUGGAGGAAGAAGAGGAGGAGGAGAAAGAGUACAGACACAGAGGAGUUAUGGAGGUUGGUGUCGCAGGCAGUGAUGAGAUGCCACCUCUUGAAGAAGACGAAGUUGGAGCUGCAGCUGCAGCAGUCCCACACCCUGCGGCGGCGGACGGUUACGACACACUAGAGGACCGACACCUCUCCGAGAGGCUGCAACAGCAGGAGGAGGAGGAGGAUGAGGAGCCGCUUAUGGUGGGUGGUAGUGAGUACACCUGGCAGAAGAUGACACGGAUGGAGCAGCUGAGCGAAACGGAGCACGCCGUGUCCCCAACGGAGGCCGAGCACAAGAUCGAGCGCGAGCUGUACUCGUCGUACCCGAAGGAGGGCGCCGUGACCGAUGAUGAGAGCCCCCCAUCACUGGCAAGGAAUGUUAUGGCGUCCGAAACGGAACUCAUGAGCGACCUCCUGGGACCUGUGGACCCUGACGCCAUCACAUCCCCUACCGGAUCAGACCAGGACACGGAGCGCGACCUCUCGGUCAAAGAGAGCUCCUUUGUUGAAGAAAAAGAAGCCCUGUCUCCCAUCGAAGCCGAGGACCUGGUGGAGUCUGAGGAGAAGCUGGCUCAAGACGUGGUGGACACCCACGAGAUGGACUCUCAGUGGACGCAACUUGAAGAGGACGGCAAAACGGAGACGGGGCGACCCAGCAUGGACCUCUCCGGCUUGGUGUCACCCAACGCAAACAGCCCGUCACUCGACGAUUCCAUGAUUGCGCAGAAAGACUCCCUGGAGGGCAGCCCCGACCAGGAGGAGGCCGGAGCGUCUUCGCAGGAGUCUCCCGACUCGCUGGAGCCGAGCCCGCUGAAGGAAUACCCGCUGCCCGACUCCCUCGAGACAAGUCCCGUCAAACUCAGAGCGUCCGAGCAGCUGCCGGAGAUUGCAGGUGUGCACGGGACGUCGAGACGCGGGACCUCCCAAGAGCUGCCGGACAAACUGAAGAGGGCGAUCGACUCAAAGGGCAAAGCUGAAUCGGCCAUCGGACGAUCGCUCAGAGCCAUGAUGUCGCCGCAGGGAAGCCCGGAUGAAGACAGCCUGGAGCAAACGUCGCUCAUGGAGAGUUCGGGGAAGAGUCCAGCCACUCCUGAGACACCCAGCUCGGAGGAGGUGAGUUACGAGGUGACCCCAGGUGCUGUCAUCGACCUCAAGGCACCUCCGCAAAAGCCCACUGUUAUUCUGGAAGAGCAAGAGGAUGAAGAUACCUCGGGGAUUGAGAACGCACAAGUUGAAAAUGCAACCGACGAGUUCCUCUCAAUGAUGACAGCGAGUGAAGAGGAGCAGCAGCAAGAACCGAAUGUCGCAAAACCCCCAACGCCAGAGGAAUACAUGUUCAAGAUGGCAGCUAAGAUAAAAACAUUUGGCGUUCUUGAGGAGGAAGCCAAGGCCAGAAAGAAGCCCGAAACGUACUACUAUGAUGACAACAUACAUGAUGACGAUGACGAUAACAUGAAUGUUAGCAGGGGAUUCAAGACGAUUGUCACUCACGAAACUAAGACCGGAGUCACUGGGUCGACCUUUUCAUACGAAUAUUCAUCCCACCAGAGCUUUUCACGACAUGACUCUUCUGCUGAUCAUCAUGAGACGAUGCCAAAGGGCGCAGAACGAGAACAAGAAGAAUUUGGAGCGACUUCCUCUCCAGAAAGUGAGCCAGAGCUCGGGGAGCUGCGGCAGAGCCACGAGAGCGGACUUCUGGACGAACCGGCGAUUCGCGUGGAGCCACCGUCACCUCUCCCGCCUGGAGCCAAAGACGACGACAGCCCAUCGAGCCCUGAGGAAGAGGACAGCCUCAAGGAUACGCCGGGUGAUCGCCGCUCCUUUGCAACAUCUGCAGCAGAGCACCAACGACCGGAUGGCAAGUCAGAGUUGACACGCGAGCAAGUGAGUGACGCUGCAGGCCACGGAGAGGAAACGUUCGCGUGGACCGAGCAGCAAAGGACAUCGACGGAGACCUCCACGAUGAGCAGCACCAAAGUAAUGACGUCCAUGCGGGAGAUGGUCGAGACCUCCUCCGCCUACCAGGCUGAUGGACAUUACUCCACAGAAAGGUCCAUGAUGACUACGGCCAACGUAAGUGAGGCCACCCACUUCUCCCAGGCUCAGACGUCAGUUAUGUUCAGCUCAACUGGCAUGACGACAGCAGAGGAAGAGGAGGAGGGGGCAGCGGCAGCUGACUUUAGGUCGUGGGCGAGCGUCAGAGAUGACGACUUGGCCUUCGAGGAACGGCUCAGUGAAGAGGAGCAGAAAGUUGUACGGCUGAUGGAGGAAUCUGCCACCGCUUCACGGAGUGACCACAAGGAGGGAUCGCCGGCUAGAACCCCAACCGGCAUCGAGGUGUCCCCCACCGAGGAAAUCGUCCCCUUCCCGUUCUGCGAAGGGAAGAUGUUCGAGAUGACGCGCGGCGGUGCCAUCGACAUGAGCAAGCGGGAGUUUGGAGAGGAGGGCGUGCAGUUCUUCCAGCUGGGCGAGCAGGAUGGAGGAAACAGGAGGAAGUCGGACGAGGAAUCGGCCGCCGACGGUGGACAUCUGGAGCUGUGCCAGGUUGACCGCAACAAACCCGUGCUGGAGUUCGGAGGAGAGUCGGCGGCAGAGCAGGCGGACGAUCUGUCGCCCGUACGGGACACUCACCACGGAAUGUUCUCGGAGUCGCUCGAUGACAAUGGAUCUGGGGCCACGGUGGCCAAGACGGAGCCCAAGUCCAGAAUCCCCAUCAAGAUGGGCGUCUCUGCAUCAGCGAAGACCACACGCAAGGAGGCGCCAGCUCCCGAAGUUGCCGAGGUGAAGCCGUUUGUGCGAGAAUCCUGGGCGGAGCUCCAGGAGAUCGCUUCGCAACAACAAGACGUCCUCUCUUUGUCGCCAAGGCACAGAGAGGCGGCAGUAGCGGGGUCUGUUUAUCACGACGACCACGAAGUUGAUUCUCAGCUCAUCGUGGAAAUCCCAACGGCGGAGGCCGCUCCCAGCGACCACCGCUCCAAGAUCCCUGUGCGCAGCACCGCCGUGGUGAGUGCCAUGCCGAGGGACGCGCACGACGAAUGGGCUGACAAGCAGAAAGGUGAGCCACAGCAACAACAGCAGCGAGUGACGAGGACGUUGAAAUUUCCAAAGAAACACGAAGACAGCGCAGUGUCCAGGGACCAAGAGAUAUUUGAACAGCAGCAGCAGCAGCAGCAACUCGGCCACAGCAGGCCGACACAGCCAGUGGUUCCUGAGCAGCGAGGAUACGCGGAGGAGCAGGAUCUCCUCGGGGAGUUAACAGAACAGGAGUUGAACUUUGAGUUGACGGAGAGUGCGUCCAAGGUGACCAAACCGCAAUCGAGGAUCCCAGUGAAAGCAGCGGCAGGGACGACGAGGGGAGCGCCGGCAUCCCAGCAGCCGGGAGGAGGAGUGGGAGCGGCCGCAGGAGGAUUUAUGUUUGGCGGCGGAGAUCCCCGCUUCCACGACCUGUACCAGCACUCGCUCGAGUACUUUGAGGAGAUCAGCGACGAAGCGCAGAAGCUCGCCGAGCGGCUCACGGAAGACGACGGCUGCGAGGACGACUCGGCCGCCACCGACGACGAUGACGACGAUGACGAUGACGACGACGACCGCACAGUGAGGGAAGAGAUCCCGGCAGUGGGAGGAGGAGGGGGCGCUGCCUUCCCACCACCACCACCAGUGGUCACUCAGGCCCACGAGGCCGGGGAGCGAGCAGAAACGCGACCCGUGUGGGAGGAGGCCGUCGAGACGCAGAUGCAGAGGAUUUAUGGAGCCGGGGAGCCUGGGGAUACCCAGUCCAUCGCUCCCGUCACCACACAUGAGCCUAGUCCAAGCGGUGAUGGCGGAGUUCCAGCGCUCGCCAAGAGCCUUGGCCUCAGCUGGCAAGAGCUGGCGAGGGAGCUGGGCUUCUCGGCCGAGCAGAUCCGACAGCUUCGUGAGGACAACCCCGAGUCUCUGGUGGACCAGGCGGCGAGCCUCCUCAAGCUGUGGGCCGAGAGGGAGGGCACCACCGCCACACCGGGGAGACUCAUCCCGGCGCUGGUGCGCGUCAACCGCGCUGAUCUCGUGGGGCUGGUGCAGAGCGGACAGAGCGGGCAGCGAGAGAGCGCCGCCGAGGCAUCCUUCUCCUACAGCGAGCUCGAGCAGACCAUGCAGCUCGACACAUCCGCCGGUUUCACCGAAUUCCUGGAGGAAAUCUCCCCGAUGUCACCGGGCGGCGGCGAUGACGAUGACGAUGUUGGGGGCCGUGAGAGCCCUAUGCCCUCUGGCCACACCCCACCGUCACUCGUUCAGUGCGCCGCCAUGGCCCAGGCGGAGACACCCUUCCGGUCGAGUCGUCCCGACUCUGCAGACCUGGGCUCCCCUGUGGACAUUAGCCCACGUGGCCGCUCGCUCAAUGUCGAUGGUGCUGCUGGCGACGAGGCGGAGCGAGAUGCGGUUACUCCUGACCCGGACGAUAGCUUGGAUGCCGAGUCGCCCGUGUUCGACGAGGACGAAGACGAGGACAAUCCAGCCGAGGAGUCGCCCGUCUCGGACCGGCAACACUCGCCCAUUUCGCCGGCAUCGCUGGACGAUUCGCAGCAACAUCGCGACAUCACGAGCGAGACCGAUGCAGUAUCGCCAACCUCGGAGGUGAGGUCAGUGGAGGUCAUCAUCCAAGACGAAUCGGUGGCGGCGACGUCACGGGAGCGCGCGGCAAGCGAGGGCGAUGACGGCGCGCAGCAGGUCGCCUUCGGUACGUCGGAGACGUCCGAGGAGUGGCUGUCGAGCAGCAGCGUCCAGCGAGACGAGUGCGAGACCGGCUCGGACCUGGCGGAUGUGGAGGAACCACGGGAGAGCGUAGAUCUGGACAGUCUCGUGCACGGGCGGCCGCACCUCGGCGAGGCGGCCCACGCGCUCGUCGCCCAGCACCAACGCUUUGAGCACCAUGAGCAACGGAGCCGCACGGAGGCCACGUUCUACAGCGAGCUGAGCCACGAGCAGGGUCUCCACGGUAACGGUUUCCAGGCCAGCAGCGACGAAGGCGAGGAUGAGGAACCCGAGCUGAUGAGGGGCGGAGGCGGCUUCGUGCUGCGGCAGCAGCAGCAGCAGCAUCGCCGCCAAGAGGUGACGGAGGGGGUUGCGAUCGAAUCGUCUUCGUCCUCUCGCACUUUCGAGGAGCUGUGGACCGCUCCACCACGGCACGGGCGGGAAGCCGAGACGGCCGCUGCUUCAGCGCAUGAGGAGGAAGCGGAGUCUCCGCUGGAGGCGCCUGGCUUCAUGAGCCCCACGCCCAGCGACGGAGCCGCAGAGGGGAAACUGUCGCCACAGUUCGACCGAGCGACCGAGUCUCCAGUCGAGGACAAAUCGCCACGGCUGGAGGAGACUCUAUCAUCGCCGCAGCUGGAGGUGGCUGCAUCACCGCAGUUCGAGAAGAUUGCAUCACCACAGCUGGAGGAGGUUGCGUCACCACAGCUGGAGGAGGUUGCGUCACCACAGCUGGAGGAGGUUGCGUCACCACAGCUGGAGGAGGUUGCGUCACCACAGCUGGAGGAGGUUGCGUCACCACAGCUGGAGGAGGUUGCGUCACCACAGCUGGAGGAGGUUGCGUCACCACAGCUGGAGGAGGUUGCGUCACCACAGCUGGAGGAAGUUGCGUCACCACAGCUGGAGGAAGUUGCAUCACCACAGCUGGAGGAGGUUGCAUCACCACAGCUGGAGGAAGUUGCGUCACCACAGCUGGAGGAAGUUGCGUCACCACAGCUGGAGGAAGUUGCGUCACCACAGCUGGAGGAAGUUGCGUCACCGCAGCUGGAGGAGGUUGCAUCACCACAGCUGGAGGAAGUUGCGUCACCACAGCUGGAGGAAGUUGCGUCACCACAGCUGGAGGAAGUUGCGUCACCACAGCUGGAGGAAGUUGCGUCACCACAGCUGGAGGAAGUUGCAUCACCACAGCUGGAGGAGGUUGCGUCACCGCAGCUGGAGGAAGUUGCAUCACCGCAGCUGGAGGAAGUUGCGUCACCACAGCUGGAGGAAGUUGCGUCACCACAGCUGGAGGAGGUUGCGUCACCACAGCUGGAGGAGGUUGCGUCACCACAGCUGGAGGAAGUUGCGUCACCACAGCUGGAGGAAGUUGCGUCACCACAGCUGGAGGAAGUUGCGUCACCACAGCUGGAGGAAGUUGCAUCACCACAGCUGGAGGAAGUUGCAUCACCACAGCUGGAGGAAGUUGCGUCACCACAGCUGGAGGAAGUUGCGUCACCACAGCUGGAGGAAGUUGCAUCACCACAGCUGGAGGAAGUUGCGUCACCACAGCUGGAGGAGGUUGCGUCACCACAGCUGGAGGAAGUUGCGUCACCACAGCUGGAGGAAGUUGCGUCACCACAGCUGGAGGAGGUUGCAUCACCACAGCUGGAGGAAGUUGCAUCACCACAGCUGGAGGAAGUUGCAUCACCACAGCUGGAGGAAGUUGCGUCACCACAGCUGGAGGAAGUUGCGUCACCACAGCUGGAGGAAGUUGCAUCACCACAGCUGGAGGAGGUUGCGUCACCACAGCUGGAGGAGGUUGCGUCACCACAGCUGGAGGAAGUUGCGUCACCACAGCUGGAGAAAGUUGCGUCACCACAGCUGGAGGAAGUUGCAUCACCUGACAAGCAUCGACCUGAAGUCGACACUUUGGCCUUGCACUCGGAAUAUUCUCUAACACGCGAGAUGCAACCUCAACCUGAAGCGACGGAGCAAGCACCGGACUUCUCAUCCAUCGGCCACUCUGAGGAAUCUCCUUCUACGGAGCGACUGCCUUCCCCACACUCGUAUGCAUCUCCACUACAGGUUGCCUCCUCACCCGAAUCCACGCCCGAGGAGGAGGUGGUAAUAGCCGGCGAUGAUGAAGGAGAGCUCGUGGAAGACGACAUCCUCGCGCAGGAGGUCAUCCGCCAGCACCGUUCUCCACCCACGGUGGACGCGGAGAAGCUUGAGGAAGAUGCCGUUGCGCUGGUGGGAAUCCCAAAGUCGUCCCCCACUUUGAAGUCACCGGAUAAGCAGCUGCUGCCGCCACAAGGUGACGAUUCGCAAGCAAAGACCGAGACUCCGGACGGCGCUGCUGGGGAACUUGAGGUUGAACGCCAUGCCUCGUCAUCUCACGGACAGGAGACACCACCGCCAUACGAUGUCAAUUCAUCAGUGGAAUCGGAUGGUCGUGGACAGCCAGCGUUGUCAGAUGUGGGAAGGGAAGUGCAGUCGCCCAUGUCUCCGAAGGAACGCUCCCAGGCAGCUGAUGGCGACAAUGGAUUUUCAGCUGCAGGAAGGGAGGAGGAAUGUGGUCGAGAGGAGGCAGCAAGCCUGGACAAAGAGCGCCGUGGACACUCGGACGAUGACGAAGGUUGGCUCGUCCUGGAAAAUCGCUACUUCCACAGCAAGUCAGAGAGCAGGAUGGAGAGGCGGCAGCAUACCACCACCACCACCAAGCACCAUAGCUCCACCACCAGCACAGAGAUGGAACAGACAUUCCUGCUUCUCGAUGGCUCUCAUGAUGCAACAGUCACUGCCACUGGCGACGAGCUGAUGCAGCAAAGUUCUCACAGCACUGCCACCGAAAACGGACGACUCGAGACAGAACGACGUGAAGUCACGCGCGAGGUCGGAUUCGCGCGGUGGGGACUGUCAGAUGUGCAAACUGAAUUCGAGAGGAUGAUGCCAGAUGAGGAGGAGAGGGAGGAGGAGCUGGUGGUGGAGGAAGAGGACGUAGCAAAGGCAAAGAGUGAAACUGACCGCGCUGAAGAGGUCUUCAAAGAAAAAGAUGAAUUGGGCAGUGCUGUUGAUGAAGAGGAUGUUGGUGAUGAUAGUGAUGAUGAUGAUGAAUAUGAUGAUGACGAUGAAGGGGGGGAGAAGGUGACUACACGAGUGAUUCGUCGCAGAGUCAUAAUACAGGGAGGAGACCUGCAGCAGGUGGGCGGGGAGACUGUGCAUGAGGACCAGUACACGGACGAGUUCGGAAACCUCGUCACUAGAAAGGUGACACGCAAAAUCAUCCACCGCGUACUGUCACCUGAAGAGGUGGACCAGGCACGGGCGGGCCAGGGCGAUGAGGACAAAGUGGAGGAGUGGAUUGGCUCGGGAUGGAGCCGGGUGGAGGAUCGGCCUGCGGAGUCGCCCUCGGAGCCAGCAGGGGCAAGCGGUGGCUCUCGCAGUGGAUCCCACGAUGGCUCCCACGGGGCGCAGGGAGGUGCGAUGCCUUUCGGGAUGUGAUCGCCACACCCGGGUCGAGGCACGCAGGGAGCAACGCUGACCUUCAACUCCACUACCACCGUCACCACAACCUCAACAUGAACUUCCAAAACAAAGGCCAACAACUCCCCGAUGCUACCAAUAUACUACCCCACCAAUUCCAGUGUAACCAUGUGUCUUCACCUUAUCCAACCCACGCAUUACCCAACUCAACCCUACCUGAUCCCACGUUGUGCUCAUGUCCACACUAACCCUACUAACCCUAGCACAGCCUUGCAAAACCCCUAGCUGACCUAUAUUGGCCUGACUGACCUAAUCCAACUCAACCAGACCAUAGCUUACCUAAACUCAAAGUGUGCUGCAUCACCCAGCACAUCCUUGUCUGGCCUUACCUAGGCCUGAUCCAAUGCAAACCAACUUUGACCUUAAUCCAUUCUAUGGAAAAUUACUCUACAUAAGACUCUUACCCAAGUCAAUCAGAACUGACAAACGAUGCACAACUGAACCCGACUCUACUCUACACACGCGUGCGCGUGGGUGCCCGUGUCAGAGAAAGGGGACAUUAAACAUUGACUACGCCACCUUUACCUACCAGGGGGGCGCAUUGUGAAAUCACGUGGCCCCACCAUUCUUGACCAAGAACUGUUUUUGGAAGUCACCCUGUGUGUGUGCCCACGUCUGAACACUGUGAGGCCAGCCUAUGGUGCACCGCUAACACGAGCCUACCAACCCAUCUGUCUCGUAAGUCUUUUGGCUGCCACGGCGUUCGAACAUACUUUACUACGAGAUGUACGUUGCUGUUGUUGUUGUCAUCGACACCCUAUUACGUGUGCAUGCACGCAGUCUCAUAACUUAUCACGUUUACUUUUCUGCCUAUAUAUUUUCUUUGCGCAGUUGACACACGUCCGGGUGGGCUGCGGUUACAAGCAAGGCUUGCGAUUCAUUCACUCUAGCCACCAAAGACAAACGCGCGGCCCCAAUUGCUAGCGUGAGCUGUUACUAAAAUCGCUGAAACCCUCAAAAUAGCCAGGUCUCACACGAUUGAACGAUGGAUGACCAUGGCCAGGGGUGGCCACCUGUCCCAAGUUUUCCUACCGACCAUCCUGUUUUGUUUGUUUAAAAAAUCGGCCAUUCCCGGAAUGAAGCUUAUUCCUGUGAAAUGGUUCUUGCUUUCACAAAAAAAAAGAAUCGCAUUACUGUUAAUUUAUUUGUGCGAUUUGCGGCUCUAAUUUGUGAUAAGCAAAUGAUGCCACCUAAAUCUUUCUCAGCUCCAGGUGACGUGCAGGGGAUUGAGUGGAAUUAUGUGACCAUGUGUCAAUAGUGCAGGAAAUGCAUUAUGAAUGCAUCAGUGCUGCAUGGACUACAAUUUUGUCGUCUGGCAAAGGAUGCUCUGAUGGAGCCACUGCCUCCACAUUCCAGUUACUCAAUCCACCUGCACAUAUGACCCGAGGCUGAUGAAAACAAAAAAACUUACGGUGGAAUUAUUGCUCCAAAAAAACUUGAACCGCAAAACUGACAGCUGUGUCCGUAUGCUUUGUGGAGUUUUUAUGAUGCCGAUUACCUGUCCAGAAUUUUGUUUUGUUCCUCAGGUGGUAGCCACAAUUACAGCAGAAAAUGCCAACAGUCACUCGAGCAAAGAAUAGAGCGAGAGCAGGAGAAAUGACAAGACGUAGCCUUCGUGUAGUGUGUGUAAGCUAAGGUACUAAUGUAUGGAAUGUUCAAAAGGCACUAAUAUAUAUUAAGACUACUGAUGUAACUGUUAUUAACUAUUAUAUGUAUGCGAACAAAUGUGCUAAUCAUGUAUAUGCCACAAGUGGCUGACUGCUUCGACGGAAUAAUUUAAUGACGUGAACAACGCUGUUUGUGGUUUUGAAACAAAGUAAACAAAAAUGAAACUUCGGAUAACACAAACAAGUCAAGACACUGAGUAAAACAUUUUAUAGGAUUGAUGUGUGACCACAUUUUAAAGGAUUUCGUGGCGUGGUACGAUUCCUAAUGUUUCUGCUCCCAUACACUGCUCAUUUAAAAAAAUAUAAACCACACGCAGACCCAAGGACAUUUUAUCGCGAGGGGGCAUAAAGGAAACGGACUUCACUAGCGUACCUUCUAAGACUUAAACUUAAAAAAAACGUAUGCAGAUUGAGUAUGUAGUUGUAGUGCACAUUAUCUCAGCAUGUCAUGAUCUCUUUUGUAAAAUAUUAAAUGUCCUUCCUGCAUUCACUCAUUAAGUGCUUGAAAACGUCAAUAAAGUUCCAUGUCACGCGAUCCAUCCAGAGGAAGUGUCGGGCGGGGGGGGAAGGAUAUCAGUCCAUUGAUGGCAAUUACGAUGAUAAUUUUAAUUUGGGUUUGGGGGGGGGAUCAUUAACAUCAUCCAAUUCGUUCAUUGAGCUGCAGGUUGGUGGUUUGCAUGAAAAUUGUGUCCGGGAAUCCGAUUUUCCCAGGAGUGCGAUGAUGCAAAGAGUCGCACACACCACCUUAUGUGUGCGCGUGUGUAUGUGUGUGUAUGUGUGCGUGUACGUGCCAUGAGUUUGACUGCACGAGGCGCAUCAGGUGUUAGGUAUAAAAACUAAGACCCCCCCCCACCCCACCAUGCUGUGCAGUGAGCGUCGGCACUGAAUGUUAUUAAAGCCAGUGUACGCAAACAAAUAAAACGUGAUGGAAAAAAAACCCCACAA